AAGAGAUUGAAGGAAAACAACCAACAAUGUACAAGAGUAAGCUCAACGAAUUCUGCCAGAAGAACGGAUGGCGAAACCCAAAGUAUUCCUGCAUCAAAGAUGGCCAAGAACAUACACCACUUUUCAAAGCUUCUGUUCUCGUCAAUGGUGAAACUUUUACUUCCCUAUCCGUCUUCAAAUCUUCCAAAUCCGCUCACAAUGAUGUAGCUUCACUAGCUCUCUCUCACUUCACAACUUCUUCUCGAGAGUUAAGCAAGAAUAUCGAGUUAUGUUUGCCGGUUUUACCAGAAGAAAAAGCCAUGGCAACUGCAUCUCUUCCUAGUGAAACAACCCUUUCAAUUAAUAAGGAGACUAAUUCGAAAAAGUUUAAGGAGAGUUACUUGAUAUGCAAUAAAGUGAGAGUGCACACAUCUAUUCCUACUACGGUGUUGCCUAAUGGAACUGUGAUGCUUCCCAUUGGAGAAGACAAAUGGACGGUUGUGAGCUUGGAAUCUGUGUAGCUAUAAUCGUUAUGUAAAUCAUAUGCUUGAAUGCAUAAGAUAUUAAGUAUUUAUUGCCCUAUUUGUUUAAGCAUCCAUGACUUGGUAAUGAUAUUUUUAAUAGAAAC